UCGAUUAGCUUCCGCGGAGCGAUAACAGUGCUUUCUGUUGUGGUUCUGCGGCUUGUGCCUUUCAAUUGUUGGAGUUGGAAUUUCCUUAUUAUCAAGGGUGCUUGGUCAUCCUGCCAUGACGACGAUGUGGCGUACAUAGACUUUCCUCCAGUUCUAGCUGCAGUCAUGCUCCUCCGGUUGCCCGUUGUGGCGGCCCGUAGGAUGUUCAUCAUCCUAGUGCUGAUGGUAAUUGUGGGCUGCUUUUACAUCUACAGUUCGGAAAAUAAAUACUACCCCUGCUUCAUUGAGGGCCAAAUACUGGCAACUCAGCAGGCGAUAAUUACCGAUGGCGAAACGAAUCUCUUGGAGGACGUACUCCAGGCGGACCCGAAACCCUCGCCCGGCAACAGUAUCUUCUUUCACGAGACCAGCUGUCGCCUAUCGGAUAACAGGCAGCUUGAGACGCUGAGGGUCACCGCCCGCCAGGCCUGCGCCAUCGAGUCAGCAGCGAUGCAUAAUCCGAGUUUCCAAGUGUUCGUCCUGUUCGCUGGUCCCACCUAUCGAAUCUCUAACAACAAUAGCCAUCCCCAACCAUUGGUAGAGGCCAUUCUCAGCUACAGCAAUGUACAUCUACGACGACUGAAUAUCGAGACCUACGCAUCCGGUACGCCCAUGGAGGAGUGGCUCAAAGACGGCCGCCUGUCGCGUUCAAAAUAUUUGUUCUCCCACAUAUCAGAUUUUCUCCGCUAUCUUACCCUCUAUCGGUAUGGCGGUCUUUAUCUGGACAUGGAUGUGGUGGUGCUGCGCAACAUGGAGAAGGUGCCGCCCAAUUAUACAGGUGCUGAGUCCAACACCCAUUUGGCCGCUGGCGUAAUGAAUCUGGCAGCCACUGGCUUUGGGCACGAGAUAGCCGCGUCGUGUCUACGUGACUUUCAGCACAACUUUAACGGCAAAGACUGGGGAAACAAUGGGCCAGGGGUGAUAACCCGUGUGGCUCAGAAGAUAUGUGGCACCAAAGACAUUGCUCUGAUGCAAGAGGACCCAAAGCGCUGCAUGGGCUUUAAGGUAUUCGGGCGGGGCGCCUUUUACGCCGUACCCUGGAAGCAGUGGCGAGACUUUUUUGAGCCGGAAAAGUUGGAGGAGACAAUUGCCCGCUGCAAGGACUCGUAUGUAGUGCACGUGUGGAACAAGCAUUCGAGCAAGCUUCCCAUCAAACAAGGGUCAAAGAACGCCUAUGCCAUGUAUGCCGAACAAAAUUGUCCGAGGUCGUAUAAGGCGGCUGGCGAACACUUCUAGAAUAAGUCAUGCGAAUGUGAGUAAUAGUAUACAUGUAUAGUAUACAUAUGCUUAUUUAUAUAUGAAUACCUUCCACUGCAAGCCAAAGUCAUCGCCCUGUAAAAGUGUAGCUAUCGUUAAGUUUCAUCAGUAUAUGCUUACCUCUUAUCAGCUCCCAUUCCAAGUGGUGUCAGCUUUCUCAAACGCACAUCCACAGUUCAGUUUAAGUCAAAUUCAUAAGCUCUACAACUCGUCCGAUUGCACAUUAUACUUAUGUAUGUAUUAGCAAUGUAUGUAUAUUGUAUCAUAUAAGCAAACGAACAACAAAGAAAGACAUUUAUGUAAAUGCAAAGUGAACUAAAUUCGAAUAAGCUGGAAAAUAUUGUACAUAAUUUUAUCCACGGUAUGGUAAUAUCAACCCACAAAGUAAAAAUACGUAUUUAAGUCAUCACGAACAAA